GGUCUCCAGAUCCACCUGAAUUCCGCAGUGUCUUCUCACUGACUGUGACGUCAAUUGCGGUGCAAUGAACUGAGUGUGGAAGCCAGGAUAUGAUUACGGGACCGGAAGCAAGACAAACGCAUAGGUUGUUGGACUUGAAGAAACAACAAUGGGCUAAGGAACGAGAGGAAAUCGCGCGCAUGGAUCAGAUGUAUCAUCAUCAGCACACGUCAUCCACAUCGCACCACAAAAUCGAACGCACCUCCAUUCGCACCUAUUACUCCAAUCUGGAUCUCAGCCAGAGCUCCUCCUCGAAUCAAGCCUCCAGCCACGCCUCCCGCCAGCCGCCGCCUCCACAAACCAUGCAACUCCUGGUGCGUCCACCUCCCGUCGCUCCAGAUUACCGCCAUAUGCAGCGACAGCGCAGCGAGGAUUAUAUGAAUCAACUGGAACGAUAUAUCGAUGAUCUGGAUGUGGAUGCGGAUGCGGAUGUGGAUGUGGACUAUGAGAAUGAUGAGCUUCUCUAUCGGCGCAACCGACGUGGCAGCUAUGCUCCUGGAAUGUCCGCCAGGCAGUUGCCCCUUCAGGCUGCUGGACGCUAUGUGGAACUCGUGCCCACAUCCCUGCAAACGGCCAAGGGACGCAUGCAACAUCCAGGACAACAGCAACAACAACAGCAGCAGCAGCAGCAACGAUUGAGGAGUCCCAGUUUGCCAACAAUUCGGCAGCGGGAUUAUGCGGUGAGGCAGCAACAAAAGGCGGCCAAUCAACUUGGCAACCUGAAAGGAGCAAACAUUGAUCCUGGUAACGGUAACAAUAACACUAACGGCAAUCGAUUAAACAAUCCAAUUGCCAAUUCAAAUCAAGCGUCUGUAGUCGGUUGCCAGGAAGAAGAUACUUCCGGGUAUCUGAGCGAUACGCCCAAGAACACCCACACUCCAGACAUUUGGUAUAACGACGCUGCCAGCCAAAAUGGGAGCAUUAGUGGCAUGGGAAGUGCCAGCCAGGCCGAUGAGAGUGUCCUGAGUGCAGCCAUUGCUGGUGGUGGAGUAGGAGGAGGUGCCAGACGUCUAAGACGAUCGAUACAGGGUGCAGUCAUGCCCAUUCCAACGCCCACGCCCACGCCCGCAACGGGGCCACAGGCAACUCCACAGGCGAACAAGUGCAAACAGGCAUUGAACCAUUCAUAUGUCAUUAAGGGACGACGUGUGCCAGGGCAGGGUCACAGCUAUGAGCCCCUGGCAGCCGAUGGUUACCUCGCCGAUGGUUGUUGUUAUCUGGCUGCGCCGUCGAGUUCAUCGAACAUGAGUCUCAGUCGAGAUGUGUCCACGUCGAACACAUAUCAGGUGCACAUCAGCAACACCUCCGAGCAGGGUGAUUACUAUGUCCACGAGCAUCAUGAGAGGGAAAGAGAACGCGCCCGCUGGGCCAAUUACAAUUCACAACAGCAGCAGCAGCAACAACAACAGCAGCAGCUGGAACAACAACCGCAGCAGGGGGCAAUGCCACCUCCAGGUUGGUUGAACCGUGGCAUGCACGAUCUCAAGGAUAGCGAGGACGAUGUGCAAUCGGUGCAGUCCUCGUCGACCUAUUUGAGGGGACAGAAUGCACCGCUCGAUGCUCAAACUCUCGCGGAGCGCAUGGACAAGCGUCGCAAGGCGGCGGAAUACCAUAAUGCGAUCAAGAAGCAGCUCCAUGAACGCCAGCUCAUUCGCAAAUGGGAGCUGGAGCGGCAUCGGCAGGAGGAGCAGCUGGAGGAGCAGCGAAUGCGACGGCAAAAACAAUUGGAGCAUGAGCGCUUGGAGUACGAGCGACGGCAGCUGCAGGAGCGCGAGGAGGUGCAGAAGAAGAAGCAGCAGGCUAUGCUGGAUGCCAUUGCCAAGGCCGAGGUGGCGGCCAAAAUGGAGAAGCAGAAGAAGCGGCUGAAACGAGUACCGCCCCUGGAAAAAGGACAGACGUUGGAGCAGGCAGAGAAGCCAGAGUUGCUGCAAGUGCUCUCCGUGGAGGAGGAAGAGGAAGAGGAGCAGGAGCCGGAUCAGGAAGAGAUUGCCGAGUUGGACACUGCAGCAGAGACAAGUUCCCAUACGCCACGAGCAGCACCACCAGCACCACCUCCAGCUGCCGCUCCAGCUCUCAUCACGGAGGAGAAGGUGCUCAUUGGCACGCCCAUAAAUCUGCGACGAACCAUCACGAAACCGAUCAAACAACCCGCUAAAGAGGCGACCAAUGACUCCAAGGAACCCUCAGCAUUUAUCAGCGAGGAGAAGGAAAAUCUGGCACUGCUCAUGCAGCCGGCCACGUUGAUUCCCUUACCCGUAACAACCGACAUCUUUGGACUACAGAAUGCCAUAGGGAAUCUUCAGAUCGCCACCUACUUCAUGCAGCAGCCGCAGAUGAAGCCAGCCUCAACUGGGAUGGAGCAAUGCUACUCCAAGGCAACGAUGACACAGAGAACUGAUACCUCGAUCUGCACAGAGGAUGGAUAUCAGGCCGAGAAGGAGGAGGAGGAUGAUGAGGUGCUACACACGGCUCGUUCCGGACGCACGGCUCUAGAGACCGCCAGCGGUUGCUUCUCGCCGGACUCCCUUGAGGUGGAGUUGGCAGCAGUGGCCAGCGAGGAGAACAAGCUGGCACUGAUGCCUCUAAAGACGCCAGUUCAAGCCGCCAUCAGUGGAGGUACCUCCGCAGGCAGGCAACGCAGUGGCAGUCAGGCGGAUGUCGAGACACAGACGGAGCUGCCACUCAACUGUGAUCUGUGCCUCUUCCACGACAACUUCUACAAGGUGCUGCUGAAGCGUGAAGUGUCCACGACAACCACAACACAGACAUCGAAGUCACAAACACAGCCAGCGAAGGAAUCUACAGCGGAGAAGGAUCACGAAACGACAACAACGACAACGACCACAACAACGACCACCUUCAAGGCGAAGAGCAAGGACAAGGACAAAGACAAGGAGAAGAAUAAGAAGAAUCUCGGCAAGGAUAAGGAUGCCAACAAAAUGGAUGAUCGACCCAAAUGGGGUGUCAACCGGCCAGUUGUCCAGUACGUCAAGGCAAGCGAUCGGGAUCCCUUCUGUCUGCGCAAGAGGAAGAAUCACGUGGCCAUGGCAAAGGCACCUCGUUCCCAAUCCAUGGAUUCCCGCCUCGACACGGUCGUUGUGCUGCCCGAGGAUCAGCUGAGCAAUGGUGACGGGGAAACCAUCAUCACCGGUGAACAGGAUGAAGAGGGUUUUCUUCUCAAGGCCCGCAAUGUUUGCACUGAAAUACUGCCCAUUAAAACCGAUGAAAAGGGUCGCAUCUUUCUCAACUUCCGGGAAGCCAGCGCCAUUAUGAACGAGGAUGAAAUUAAGGAUAAGUUGAGACAGAAAUACUUUAACUUUGGCCGCAUCUUGCCCAGACGUAGCUGGGCUUCGGCUACGCAGCACGGUCUGCCUUUCAGUGUGACCGCAGCAACAGCUACAGCUCCUCCAGCUACAGUUGCGACAGUCGGAGAUCUGGCAGACGAUUGAAACUAUCCCAAACACUAAAACUAAUCAUAAUACUUAUCCAACCCAUAAUUACAAAUUUCUACCAGCUGCACAAACCUAAUACUAA